AUGGUGCUCAAGGCACUGCUCGUUGGGGAGGAGGAGGAGGUGAUGCUGCUGCUGGAGUAUGACUUUACGGCCCCAUAUUUUUUGCUGUUGGCCUUGAUUCAGCUGCGCGCCGUGUUGCUCAAGAUCGAGUUCUCGGAUGUGGCCGCGGCCAUCACCACCAGACUUUCGCUCGCCGACGGCGUGCCGUUGCUUCUUCUCUCGCCGCCGUCCAAGGGCCGCAAGCCUGCGACCACCUCCCCCUGGCACCUUCGCAGCAGCUCGUGGUUGUUCGGGGCGCUACUGGCCGUCGCCGUAGCAACGCUUGCGCGUGACCCGAAGACUCUGCAUCUCGCGGUGCGUCGCGCUCUGCUGGAUGGAAACUUGACAGCCGCGUUAUAUGGCCAAGCCGACGAUGCAGUGGACUGUAACGCUGCGCACCAAUACCUGACGGACGUCAUGCCCAUCAAGGGCUUCCAUGUGCUGUGUAUUGAAGCGCCGACACCUGACACGCUCAAGGUGACGGGCUUCAAGGAUGGAAUGCACGCCAACAGCUCGGUGGACACGACCACGGAUUUCGACGAGUUCGCGCGCGCCGUGGAGGACGAGAUGCUGCAGUUUCCCAGGCCCAAUGACGAGUACGCGUUGAAAUACAAGCAGCCAGCGGCGUACUUUUCCCCAGACGGCGAGAGGCUGGACAAGAACACCACUAUACUGCAGAACCGCAUCGUGUUCCUGUUCGAAGGCGGACAGUUCAUCUGGCCAGGCAUUCGCAUCGGUCACAAGACGCUCGUGAAGAACACCUUCGGUCGUGGAGAUCUCGUGAUGGAGACGAUCAGUAUGACCCCCCUCGUGUUCAGCGUGGAAGAGUUUCUGCGAGAUGACGAAAUUGAUGUCGUCUUGGAGCUGUCGAUGCCGCACUUGGCACCUUCGGGCGUGACGCUGCAGGAUGGCCACGAGAACCGCCCAGCCACGGACUGGCGCACAAGCACGACAUAUUGGCUUGAGUCAUCCAGUCACCCAGUGGUGCAAGACAUUGACAAACGCACGGCUGACCUCGUCAAGGUACCGAUUAGCCACCAGGAGUCCGUCCAAGUGCUGCGCUACGAGCACACGCAGCAUUAUGAUCAGCACCUCGACUACUUCUCGGUCAAACGCCACCGCAACUCCGCCGACGUGCUCAAAAAGAUCGAGCACGGCUACAAGAACCGCAUGAUCACAGUCUUCUGGUACAUGUCGGACGUGGCCAAGGGAGGCCACACCAACUUUGCGCGUGCUGGUGGCCUGCCGCCCCCGCCUACCAACAAGGGCUGCACGCAGGGUCUCAGUGUCGUCCCGAAGAAGCGCAAGGUCGUCGUGUUCUACAGCAUGCUGCCGAAUGGCGAGGGCGAUCCGAUGAGUCUGCACGCAGGCUGUCCUGUCGAGGAAGGCAUCAAGAUGUCGGGCAACAAGUGGGUCUGGAACAAGCCGCGCAGUGACUAUGACUAG